AUGCCCCUCCUAUCAAAGGCUACUCAUCUUGAGAAUUCGAUGGAGCAGGAAUUACUUGUCUCCUUCUCCCAUCUGCCAAAAGCCGAACAAACAGAGAUAACGGACAGACUAGAUGAGUUAUUACUCUAUCUCCGCAACUUUGAAGAUCUAGCGCCCAUAAAAGAGGCAAAUAUUCCACCUAACUUGGAGCGAAAAAUGGGUCAUGAAUCUCCUCAGGUCACGGCAGAACACACACCUCUACUCUGCCCAUCUGAAAUCCACGCCGAAAUCUCUGUGGCGCCCCUAAUCACAUUACCGGAGACUCAACCAUCCAAUGGUUGCAUCUUCCACGACCCCGGGAAAACACUAGAUGCUAUUGAAGAGACAAAAUGA